GUUGAUCCCAGGUGGUUUGGAAGAUGUCUGGCCGCGGUGGACGUGGACAGAGUCGGGGCGCAGCUGUGGGUCCUCAGCCUCUCAGAGCGACCGUCCCCUACCAGCUGCAUAGGAAAGCAAGGCUGAACCCCAGAGAUGGGAAGUCAGCAGGGAAGUCCAGGUCCAACCAGCCCAGCCUCGGCAUGAGAAGGACCAUGUCUCUGGACGCCAUCGUUGGGCCCUACCUGCAGGGCCACUGGCCUAAAGAAGCUGAGGCUCUGAGCCGCCCGCAGCGGCGUGACAUUUCCACCCAGACGCCAGAGUCCUGGUCCGACCGAACUGAGAGCAAGAAAGGUACUGCAUGUCACAAACGCUCUGCAUCGUGGGGCAGCAUGGACCACCUGCAAGAAAGCCAGCCGGUCCCCAUCCCCCUGGGCCCUCUAUCCAGGCUGGCCCCUCGGCUACGCUGCAGCGUUGAGGGCCUCAACCAGGAGCUGGAGGGCAUGCUGGUCAGCGUGACGACCCAACACCAGCGCAGGCUUCUUGAGGUCCCGGAUGGCCACAGGGCCCCGGUGCCCACCCAGAGCUGCAGCAGCGCAUCCCAGAGCGACGCCUUGACCACAUCUCUCUCCGAGAGCUUCUCCAACUCCUCCUCCCCCUCCUCCUCUCUCUCCUCCUCCCCCGCUACCAAAGACCUGUCCGGGAACUUGGACCAAAGUUUGCUGGACGGCCUCGAGAUGAUCCUCUUGUCUCCCCUGUCGGCUGUCAGUGAGAGCGACCCGUCUGCCCCCCCGGUUCUGUCUUCCUCCCCGCGACCCAACAAGAGUCUGUGUUUCCUCAGAGAGCCUCCUGAGGGCUGCGAGAAGGUCCGCGUGUGGGAGGAGGUCAGCACUCCUCGCCUCCCUAAGCCGUCCCUCAUCUCCUCUCGCCCAGACCCCAACAAGGUCAACUUCACCCCCUACGGUGGCUCUGCUUUCUGCCCCGUCAGCCUCCUCCAGCCCCUGCUGCCCUCCGUUGACUUGCUGUUCCGCAACCGGACUGCGUCCCCCCCUUCAGACUCCGCCCCCACCACCGCCAUUUGACAAGAUCUGCUCUCUUGAUUGGUCAGUACCGCAGCUGGGUGCCUUGCUUUGAAAACCACUCGGAUCAUGAGGUCGAGGGGCGUUCCUCGAUAAUCAUCCGCCGGUUUUGACGAUCCGGCCAAACGCGUAACGAGCCGUCAUCAAACAUUUCGGACCUGCCUACAUCCGAGUGUCACUUUUUUUCGAAUCUGCUCUCAUCACAGGUGUCUUACCCAAAGAGAUGUCGUUUAGUCCACUUCCCGUUCUGCUAGGUUUUUUUUUUUUCUUCACUUAGCGGUGGAACUUCCUGUCACCUGACCAUUGUUUGUUUAUUUCCAUCCCGCAGUCAGCAGUCAGAUUUCCACUCGGAACGCGUUUCCAGUUUCCUCGGUCGGUUGGGAAGAGUUCUUCCAAAGAAAACGACCAUUCCAUGUUGCUGCCAUUCAU